AUGUACGAUGCACUCGACGAAAACACGAUACAUGAAGAUCUCAAGAGCCUCACGAUCACCAACGAAGAACUCAGUCGGGAGCACACUCUCAAGGACACAACCUCUACCGAAUCCGACUACGACUCCAACUCCGAGGACAGCGACAGCGAUAGCGAAAGCGCUACAACAGGUGCAAGCAACUUUGGAGAAGGCAUUUUUACGACUACAGAAACUAGGAGUCGCGCACCCUCAGACUCCGGAUCAACCGACAACACCGAAUCCACCGAAGACAUGCACGCAGGCGACGGCCCAAAGACCUGGAGAGCUUGAAUUCCAAUCAAGCUAUACAUAUUUGCUGACCGCUUCGAUAUCCGCGAGCUCAGAGACGAUGCUUUGACCGCU